AUGGAUGAUGAAUGCAAUGACCCCAAUUUUCAACCAGAAACGGUACUUUUAGAUAAUGACGAAGACAAUGAAGAACAACAUGCGACUACCUCUGAGACACAAAAUAUUUGUGAAGAAGUGAAUCAACACCCAACAAGCGGCGACUACUACAAAGGAAAUCUGCUUGGUUCCAACGAUAACGACGAAGACGAUAAUGAUGACGAUGAGGAUGACGACGAAGAAAAUUACGACGAUUGCGAAAGCGGUGAGGUUGCAACAGACAACGUAAACGGCAGAAACUGCGGCGAAUUGGCGGACAAGUGUACUAACCAGCCCAAUCCACUUAGAAAAACAACCAACAGUCAUGAAAGAGAAAACGAUGAUUGCUUUGUAUAA